AUGACGAACAUAGCAACGUUUGGAUUCCUUCUGCUGUGGACGCUCUUCCUCUGCUUUGCCUUUACUGCGCGUUCAGCUCAACGAGGGCCAUUUGGCAUGCGCAUAAGCUGUGGGGCUCGUCAGGACGUUCAAACAAAACCAACCACUACCCUUUGGUAUAAAGAUUUUGGAUAUACAGGAGGUAUUCCCACCAAUGCAUCUACAACAAGUUACAUUGCCCCUCCUCUGAAGACGCUUCGCUAUUUCCCCUUGUCUGAAGGUCCUUCAAAUUGCUACAACAUUAAUAGAGUGCCAAAAGGGCACUACUCAAUUAGGAUCUUUUUUGGACUUGUUGCAAAUGCUAGAGUUACCAAUGAACCUCUAUUUGACAUCUCAAUUCAAGGAACUCAAAUAUAUUCUUUGAGAUCAGAUUGGACCACUCAUGAUGAUCAAGCAUUUACUGAAGCCCAAGUAUUUCUUAUGGAUGGUUCAGUCUCAAUAUGUUUCCAUGGCACGGGUCAUGGAGAUCCAGCAAUUCUUUCGAUUGAGAUUCUUCAGGUUGAUGAUAAAGCUUAUUAUUUUGGACCGGAGUGGAGUCAAGAGAUAAUACUUAGAACAGUCAAAAGAUUGAGUUGUGGGUUUGGGCAGUCAAAAUAUGGUGUGGAUUAUGGUGCAGAUCCCCGGGGAGGGGACAGAUAUUGGCAGCAUAUUAAAUCAUUUGGUGACAAUUCUGAUAGUCCAAGAUCUGUUGAAACUAGAAUCAAACAGGCCUCACAUCCACCAAACUUUUAUCCUGAAACUCUUUAUCGAUCAGCACUUGUUAGUACCAGUAGCCAGCCUGAUUUAACAUAUACAUUGGAUGUGGAUCCCAACAAAAACUAUUCUAUUUGGUUACAUUUUGCUGAGAUUGAUAACUCAGUGACUGCCGUUGGACAAAGAGUCUUUGAUAUUAUGAUAAAUGGGAAUGUUGUUUUUCAAGAUGUUGACAUUGUGAAAUUGAGUGGGGAUCGUUAUACUGCCCUUGUGCUUAAUAAAACUGUUACUGUUAAUGGGAGAACUUUGAGCAUAGCUUUGAGUCCAAAAAAAGGUAGUUCUGCCAUAAUCAAUGCCAUUGAGAUAUUGGAGGUUAUAACAGCUGAGUCAAAAACAUUAUCAGAUGAAGUUAUGGCUUUACAAGUGUUGAAGAAGGCUUUGGGGCUUCCUCCCAGGUUUGGGUGGAAUGGUGAUCCAUGUGUUCCCCAACAACAUCCAUGGACUGGAGCAGAUUGCAGAUUAGACAAACGUAGCAGCAAAUGGGUCAUAGAUGGACUUGGUCUUGACAAUCAAGGUCUGAAGGGGUUUUUUCCAAAUGACAUUGCCAGACUGCAUAAUCUACAAAUCCUAAACUUGAGUGGAAACAGCAUUCGUGGGGCUAUUCCAUACACACUUGGAACAGUAACUAGCUUGCAAGUGCUUGACCUAUCCUACAACUUCUUCAAUGGAUCGAUUCCUGAAAGUCUUGGACAAUUGACAUCAUUACAAAGACUGAACCUAAAUGGCAACUUCCUGUCUGGAAGGGUCCCAGCGACUCUAGGAGGAAGACUUCUACAUGGAGCAAGCUUUAAUUUUACUGAUAAUGCAGGUCUAUGCGGCAUACCUGGAUUACCCACUUGUGGACCUCACCUUUCUACUGGUGCUAAAGUUGGUAUUGGGUUAGGUGCCUCUUUUACAUUUCUAAUUCUUAUUACGGGUUCAGUUUGCUGGUGGAAAAGGCGGCAGAAUAUUCUCCGGGUUCAACAAAUAGCAGCAAGGGCAGCUCCAUAUGCCAAAGCAAGGACCCAAUUUUCACGUGACAUGCAGAUGGCAAGGCAAAAUAAUAAUAAUUAUGGCAACGCCCACACUGCUGCGGAGAAUGGGCCAAUAUUGCUUUCACGAUAA